AUGGAGCAGCAACAGGAGACUCCAGUCCAGUUGGAAACCGUCUGUAAGGAGCAGCAACAGGAGAGUCCUGCUGAGUUGGAAACCGUCAGUAUGCAGCAGCAAGAGGAGAUUCUACCAGAGUUGGAAACUGUCUGUACGCAGCAGCAACAGGUGAUUCCAGAUGAGUUGGAAACCGUCAUUACGCAGCAGCAACAGGAGACUCCAACCGAGGUCGAAAACGUCUGUACGCAGCACAAACAGGAGACACCAGCCCAGUUGGAAACUGUCUGUAUGCGGCAGCAACAGGAGACUCCAGUCGAGAUCGAAACGGUCUUUACGCAGCAGCAACAGAAGAUUCCGACCCACUGUCAAACUGUUUGUACGCAGCAGCAGCAGGAGACUCCACCCGAGUUGGAAACAAUGUGUACGCAGCAACAACAAGAGUCUCCAGCUGCAGUGGAAACUGUCUGGUCACUGCAGCAACAAGAGAUUCAGGCCGAGAUGGAAACAGUCAGUACCCAGCAGAAACAGCAACAGGAGAGUCUAGCCGAGUUGGAAACCUUCUACAGGGUUUGUAAGGACGAAAAAGACAAGAUCCAAUCAGAGAUUACAUUGCUUCAGUUGGAGUUAAACAAGCUCUUGGCUGAGAAUAACAUCUAUACAGAACAGGAGAAAGAGUUACAUGAAUUGCAUUGCCAGAAGAAUAAGAUGCAGUUAAUGAACCGAACACACAAGAAGGGAUAUGUCAGUGCAAGCCAGGAGACUGAUUUAGAUAUUUCAAAAUUUUCUAACCCUUUUUCCGAGUUGGAAAACACCUUCACGCAGACUCCAACCGAAGAGCCUCAAGAACCUCCUGCGGCUGAAUCCUGGGGUUUCCGUGUUAAACGGCUACUGAAAGUAGCUGCGCCUAUAGCAAUUACUGCAGCUGCCCUCAUUACCAUCAUGGUCACUAAAAGAUGGAGAUGA